AUGACUGAUAAUCCACCGCAAGAAGGACUAAGUGGAAGAAAAAUAAUAUAUGACAAAGAUGGGAAACCUUGCCGCUCAUGCAAUACCCUACUUGAUUUCCAAUAUGUGACUGGCAAGAUUUCUAAGGGUAUAAAAAACCUUUCAUCUAACGGAACCCUAGGAAACACAGCAGCCGUGACUGGUGCAUCUUUAGAUUUGAUACCUGGCUCGAGGACGUAUCAAAAAAUUGAUCCUCCCGAUGUAGAGAAAUUAGGUCGAGCAUCGUGGACGCUACUUCAUUCUGCCGCCGCAAAUUAUCCUGCCAAACCUACAGAUCAACAGAAAGGUGAAAUGAAACAAUUCUUGAAUAUUUUUUCGCAUAUUUAUCCUUGUAACUGGUGUGCUAAGGACUUUGAAAAGUAUAUAAGAGAAAAUGCUCCUCAGGUUGAAUCGAGGGAAGAGCUUGGCAAAUGGAUGUGUGAAGCUCACAAUAAGGUCAAUGUGAAAUUGAGAAAGCCUAAAUUUGACUGUAAUUUCUGGGAAAAAAGAUGGAAGGACGGCUGGGACGAGUAA